AUGGCAGAGAGGAUGCGGUCAGAUGACAUAUGGGCAGAGAAGGAGAUGCGGUCAGAUGACAUAUGGGCAGAGAGGAUGGGUCAGAAUGACAUAUGGGCAGAGGAGAUGUGGGCGCCCAACCCUUCUCACACAACAACCGGCUGCGUUGAAAUAAUUGAAAUUAAUAAGCUGCGGGGAUUCUACACAUCCAGUGCCGUUGCCGGCAGCAACGUAGACAACUGCAGGUCCCRAUGGGCCCCACCAGGUACCCCAGAUGCCUUCACUAGAAGCCCAUAUGAUUGGACCACCAGAUCCACCACUAACACUCCCAGAGYCAACACAUCUGUAUGGACCACCCAAUCUGCCACCACWCUGAGAGRUCAAGGUUCAGCAGGAGUCAACACAUCUGUAUGGACCCAGCCACCACCAUCCCGACCGCCACCAGUUCCUACCCGCCCCUGGCAACUGGCUCCUACCCAUCCCUGGCAACCAAGUCCAGUUCCUACCCGCCCCUGGCAACUGGCUCCUACCCGUCCCUGGCAACCAAGUCCAGUUCCUACCAGUAGCUGGCAACCAAGUCCAGUUCCUACCAGUCCCUGGCAACCAAGUCCAGUUCCCACCCGUCCCUGGCAACCAAGUCCAGUUCCCACCCCUCCCUGGCAACUAAGUCCAGUUCCUACCCGUCCCAGGCAACCAACUCCUACCCGGCCACCAUCAGUCUCUACCCAUCCCUGGCAACCAGCUCCCACCAGUCCCUGGCAACCAGUUCCUGUYCAGCCCGCUCAACCAGCGCCUACCCGGCCUCGGCCACUACUGCCAGCUCCUACCCGGCCCUGGCAAACAGCCACUAUCCGGCCUCGGCCACCACUGCCAGCUCCUACUCAUCCCUGGCAACCAGCUCCUACCCAUUCCCCACCACCAGCCCCUACCCAGCCACCAACAGCUCCCACCCAGCCACCACCACCACCAGUCUGCCAUGCUGCCCUCUGUCUUAACGGUGGGACCUGCCAUGAGCUGCAGAGGCCCAGUGGAGCUCUGUCCUUCUACUGYGACUGCCCCCUACACUUCACUGGACRCCGCUGUGAGAAAGGUAGGUCUCUAUGA